CUUGACCCAAAUACACCCGUUUGUGUCCACCGUGUGCGGCUGUUGUCUGCGUCCGAGGACGGCGACACCUGAUCGUCUGCCUGUCCCAUUUACGUAUUCCGUUUAAUUAAUGUACGAUAUUAUUACCUCUCUCUGUGAUAACAACGAAAUAAGUGAUAACGUGUAAACUGUCAGAUUCGUUGAUGGCGCAUCACAAGUCUUGGGAGCCUUUUGAUGAUUUCGUCCCAUCGCCAUCCAGUCGUUUCAGCCUUUUGAUGAUUUCGUCCCAUCGCCAUCCAGUCGUUUCAAACGUACACUAGUCUACUCGGGUUGUACGACAUCCUUUCCAACAGUCGUCUUCACAGACACCGAAAGUCCGCAAUAGUUACCAGUUUUACAAUUUUCUGAAAUAUUUCCUGUUUCAGUUUGGAAUAAAACAAAAUUUACAAUGCUUUGAGAGCAAAAUGGACAUUAGAGACCAUAAACUAGUUUAGAAUUAAAGACUAAACUGCAAACUUAUUUUCCUUCGGUGUAGCUGUUGAAUGUUUCUCAACUUAAUGGAACUAAGAAGUGUGAAAUAUUUUUAUCCCAUCGUUUUAUACGUAAAUGGAUGACUCGGAAGUCUAAAAAGUAGCAAAUUAACUUAUAGUGAAAUGGAUAAUACAAACAACUGUUUUGUAAAUGAUUCAUCUGUAUUUCCUCACCUGGAAAUAGACCAAGAACAUGAAUGUCUUAAACAGUUUCUCUUGGAUCAAGACAAGUCGGCAUCUCAUCCGCCUCUGCACGCGCCGAGAUACGACUCAUUGUCCUACAACAUGUUACACCCUAACAACAAUAUGAUGCAAGAUUCGUUUCGAAACCGUCUAGAAUCGAGUCAAGUGCACGGUCAGAAUUAUAAUAAAGACAACUCAAACUUCAUGGGAGAUACGUACGGCGGAUAUACCGUGUUAACACCUAACCCGUCGCCGAUGGCUUUCAAUUACGCUCCUCAGUCGGUAGGCUCAACUUUUAUUCCGAUGGACACGUCUAGUUCAUCGUCUCUUCAACUACCCGGAUUCGACCCGUGUCCCAUGUCGAAUCAAGUAGAAAAUACCUUUAUGUCGACAGCUACUACGGGACCUUCUACCAUGUCCGAUUUCACUAAUCGGCAAGUAAGAAACGAUCAGUAUUCUCCGGGUAUUUCGCCGACCAUUGCCAGUUUCCCUACUCCCGUUAGCGUUUCUGACAGCCCCAGUGCCGGUGUAUUAGCCGCAUCACCCAUGUGUAACGGUGAAAGCUCUAGUUUAAGCGACAGUGUUAUCAGUCCCGCUACCACCCAACGGACCGGUAGUGAACGGUCGAUAGAAACAAACCCGCGGUCAAUCGAAAGCAUGUCUAGCGAUCUGUGUUCGCCACGAGUUGAUUUAGAAUCGUUAAUAAUCCAGGCUCAAGUUGUUCCGGGCGUUUCUAAUGGGGAAGCGCCUAAGGCUUCAAUUACUCCGCCUGUAGUUGUACCCAAGUCCUCGCCAAACAUUCUAAACGGCGUGACCCUCACCAAAUCUGGGAAACCUCGCAAAAGACGUUCGGCCCCUAAGGAAAAAGUAGUGAAGCCCAAAAAGCAGCCUGCCGGUACAAUUUACCAGAGCGAGUUAGGGGCGGUCGAAAACGGUGGUAUCAAGUUGAAAAUAUCGCUCACCUCGAUGCCGCAGAAGAAAAAACGAAAAAGCAGGAAAAGAUCUGACGAUAUCAAAAAAACACCCGACGGCAGUAAAUUGAUACCUUAUGUUGAGCCGGCUGAACAAAGUCCGUGGGGUGAUCAGAUACCGACCGACUUGCUGUUCAAAGUGUUCCAAAUAGUUACUGUUACCGAAGGAUGUAUUCCGUUUCUUGCCAGGGUAUCACAAGUGUGUCGACAUUGGCGGUCCGUAGCUUCCGAUCCAUACCUUUGGACUAAUAUCGAUCUAGCAGGACGUUGGAUUUCAAAAAAUCCUAUUAGAAACGACAUAAACUUUAGAUGGUUAUGUGAAAAUCGACUUUCCAGUGUACAGGAAUUAAAUUUAGGUGGUUGGCAGUUUACCGGUAUUCCAGCUAUUCUGGAUAAAAUUAGUGUCUCAUGUUUAAACCUUAAAGGUCUGAGUUUAACGGGUUGGGAAGGUUUGACGUUUGAAAAUGUUCGUUUUCUCGUCACCAACUUUCACAAUCUAGAACGGAUAGAUUUAUCAGGAAUAAAUGCUCAACACAGCAGUGGUAGAAGUGGAGUUUCUUUAAGCUCCAUAUUGUUCCUGACACAGAAUAUGGGUCAAAGAUUGACCCACUUGAGUUUGGCUGACAACAGGCUUUCAGGAAUAGGACAAAUAGUCGAUUCGUUAGCUACGUACUGUCCAAACCUGCAAUCUCUGGAUCUGACCAACGUGAGAAUGGUCGGCAAUACGGGACAACUUCAUAUCGAACGGUUGCAAGAAGGCUGUUUUAAUUUGCGUGUACUACGUAUGGCUACCAGUCAGCUUUGUUUAAGUACCACUACGACCCUCAAAGAACAAGGAAUGUCUCCCGGAUUCCCACUGUUAGAAGAGCUCAGCGUUGCCACAAUUUCAAACGACAUCAGUGCGACGGGACAACCUUUCGUUGACGACCACGCCCUCGAAAGGAUAUUGAAGACGUCCCAUAAACUGUGCCUUCUCGACGUCCGAGGGUGUUCUAAAGUAACGGAGUACCUAGUCAGAGUACCGGCUUGGGAUUUGACUCACCUAUACUUAUCAGGAUGUUGUGUGACUCGAGUAAACGAUUCUGGUCUCGAUUUGAUAUGCAAAAAGUGGAGUCACAGUCUUAUGGAGAUCGACCUGUCUUGGUCCACCAAUACCAACACGCUAGACGCAGCUGUUAUGGCUUUAGCCGAACAAGGAAAAGAUUCGUUGCUAAGAAAAAUGGAUCUGACCGGUUCCUCGGUGAGUCUAGAUCCUGUAAAAGCUGUUCUCAACAGCUGUCCUCUUCUGAACUCGUUAAACUUGUCGUCUUGCCGGGGUCUACCUAGGGGCAUCAAACGGCUGUACAAAGGCCACGCGUUGGCCGAGUUGCGGGCUCAGCUUAACGAUAAGCCCGGUUCUUCCCAAGAAUCUGAAGGUGGCUAAGUUUUAUGUUGUUAAGGUAUCUUCCAUUUCUUUUUCAUUUUUUACUUGUUUUUAUUAUUUCUUUAAAUUUUAAAGAAAAAUUUAUUACUUUUUUAAUUAAAUGUUAUAGUUAAGUGGUCGCGAAGAUGUUGUCUAUGUGAUAGUUAUUAAAUAUAAAAUUAUUAUUUUUAAUUAUUUUGCCCGAUAACUAAAUAUUGAGCAAUAGUACAAAUAUUUUUUUAUUAUUAUCAUUUUUUUUUUUUUUUUUAUUUAUUGCAAGACAUUAAAUUAAACCAUUAUUCAGAUAACUGCGCUGUAAAAACUGUAGCGUAAUACUAAAAUUACUUACAAAUUUUUAUUAAUAUAUAUAUUUUUUUUUAUAAAUAAAAUAAUUCAGUUGACAUAUGGCUUGGAAAGGAGUUAUAUCAGUCUUAACAAAACAGUUAAAUUUCAUCUUUCAUUUCAGGCAUAAUUUUUUUGUUUAUUUUAGAAAUUAAGUUUGUAGACAAUCGACUUUAUUUAUUUUUAUUUCACACGUUAAAUUUUGUUUCUAAUACAUUCAAUGAUAAUUUUUUUUAUGUACAUACAUUGGGGAGGGUUUUAUUGGCCAGGAAGUUGGAUAUUUGAAAUAACACAUUCAUUUAAAAUUCCAGUGACUCAAAACCAUUGUUGAAUUGAUUCGAACGAUCAACAACAAUGUUUUGCCUCCUAAGUAUGUAUGAUAUUAUAAUUGUUCAGAAAAACUGUCAAUCUCAAUUAAAGUCGAAGUUCGCCUAAAAAAAAAAAAAGAAUAA